AUGGUUAACAUUCCCAAGACACGACGGACCUACUGUAAGGGCAAGCAGUGCAGGAAGCACACUCCCCACAAAGUGACGCAGUAUAAGAAGGGAAAGGAUUCGCUGGCUGCGCAGGGAAAGCGUCGUUAUGACCGCAAACAGUCAGGUUAUGGUGGUCAGACCAAGCCCGUCUUCCACAAGAAGGCGAAGACAACGAAGAAGGUCGUGCUGAGACUGGAGUGCACAGUAUGCAAAUACAAGAUGCAGUUGUCACUCAAGCGCUGCAAGCACUUCGAGCUCGGUGGCGAGAAGAAGACGAAGGGUGCCGCACUUCAAUUCUGA